AUGCUUCCCACUCGUCUUUUCCGUCUUCUCACUUGUGUAUGUAAUAUCUUCUCUUCUCUUCUGUGUAUUUUUGCUCUUAAUUACUCCUUUGAUUUCCUUCAGUCACCAUUGAAAUCAUCACAUCUGCCACAUCAAGUUGCUUGGAGAUGUGGGGUUCCAGGUUCAGUUUAUGCCAAUGGAGUAUUGAACAAGGUAUAUCCUCUGCCUCUAAAGAAAAUGUUGGUCAACAUGAUGAAACCUAGAUUCAGGAUUUCACAGGGCAGUGCAAGACAAUUAUUUCAACGGUUGCAGGGACCAAUGGAAGAGGAUACACUGAAAUCUCAUUUUGAGAAAAUUAUUAUGAUUGGACAUAAACAACAUUACAGAAGGACACAAAAUGAUAAUCAGGAUCCAAAACAGUUGCAGCAGCCUCAUACUUCUCAUGCAUUUGCUCUUUCUCAAGUCCGAAUGGGUUACCGUACUGGACCACCUAUUCUUCCUGGAUCUUGUCCUGGUCCCGCUCCUUCAGCUCCUGGUUCUUCUAAUUUCAUUCAUGGAACUAAUCUUCCCUCUGCUUCUUCCCUUCAUGGCAAGAUGUCAUGCAGAGCAUCAAAUGAACCUGGUUGCAGCCAUGAACAUAAGAAGAAGAGUUUACGGAAAGAAUCAAAGGAGGAAGCAGAGGAGUUUGCUGAGGUGGCAACGAAACCUCUAAAAGCCUUGCCAUACGAUACACCUGGUCAAACAUUUAUUGCAUUCGAGAAACCAGAAGGCAUUCCAGCUGUCGGCAGAUUUUCCAAUGUCUUGAAAUUCUUCGUAAAUAGGUUGAUCUAUCGACUGUCCUUCUUUUCUUCUCCCCUAGUUCUUCUGUUUUUCCUUGGUGAAAAAGGUUCAGAUACUGAAAAGAGUCAUAAAAUCUUGAAACUCCUUAUAAAGAAUGUGCAUUGUGAGUUUAGCAAUCAGUACAAGACAACCAUUGGAGCUGAUUUCCUAACAAAAGAGGUUCAGUUUGAAAAUAAGCUCUUCACAAUGCAGGGGACAAAGUCCUACUGA